GUAGGGUUUGAGGCUUUGAGCCUCCUUUCUAGGGCUUAUCUUUCUUCACUUUACAGCCCCCAAAAACCCAAGCCUAUUAACUUUUCUCAAUCGUAAAACCAAAAUCUCAUGGCUUCUCAGCGGCCCGGUGUUUCUCUUCAGCCACUCUCAGCGUCGUGACGUAGUUCCGAUAGGCUUAGCCUUCCAAUGCUUCAAUCCAAGAUGAAGUCCGAUAGGGCCAUGCUCUUAGCCCAUGUCACACCUUUUUAUCCUCAUCACCUUGCCGACUUCCCCAAGCAACUCUCCCAUUUCCUAGCCUCCUCCGCAUGUUCGCUACCCUCGAGUUUGAGAUGUCAUAUCGUUCAAUCGCUCAUUUUCCUUGCUAAUAGGAAGAUGGUUGAUAUUGGGGACAUCCUAGCUUUGUUCAUGGAGCUACAAACUAUGGGUGAUGGGGCUUUAAGAAAAUUGGCGUUCUCUCAUGUUGUUCAUAGCAUCAGGCAAAUGAAUCAGAAGCAUAAGAACAAGAAUCGUCCACUUCAAAAUAUCUUCUUUUCACUGCUUCAGCAAGAGGAUGAAGCAAAAUCCAAGAGAUCGCAUAUCACCCUAUGUGAGCUUCACCGAGGAAGAGUUUGGUUCGAUGAUAGAACUGCAGAUGCAAUUUGUACUGCAUGUUUUCAUUCUUCAUCAAGGAUCAUGAUUGAUGCUCUGUCAUUUCUCCUUGAUUAUGAGAAGAUUCAAGACAACGAUGAUAGUGAUGCUUCGAGCAGUGAAGAUGACUUGAGUCCUCAAGUGCCUCGAGCUGUCCUUUGUAAAGAGGCUGUUUAUAAGGCACACCAUAAAGGAACAGUUUCGAGCAAGAAGAAAAAGCAAGCGAACAUACAGCAUGCAAUUCCUAGCAUGCUUUAG